AUGUCGGCUCUGAGGACUCUAGCCAUUCUUGCUUUAAUUGGUGUUUGCAGCUGUCAGACCUCAGACUGCUCAUACCUCGGUGUUCUGACACACCUGAACCUGACGACAACAAAUAAUGUCCUGUCGAUCAUGAGACCCGUGAAGAACUGGACGACAGCCACCCUCGUUCAGAUGGACAUGUUACUGUAUGGUAUUUUACAAGUGGAUGAGAAGUUUCAAACCAUCACGAGUCACAUCUGGAUACAAAUGCGUUGGACAAAUGAAUUCCUCACCUGGAAUCCAUCAGCCUUCUGUGGGAUCAACAGUAUGACCAUCCCGAGGUCGAGACUGUGGAUCCCAGAUGUAAACAUCCACGAGGAUGCCUCUGAUACUGGGACCAUCCAAAACAGCCCAGUCGUCACUUUGUCCUUCAAAGGUGUGGUGCUGGUAAACACCCGUCAGCGUCUCACCUCCACCUGUCUGCUCAACCUCAUCCUGUUCCCCUUCGACACGCAGCUUUGUAACUUCACAUUCACAUCCAUGAACUCAGGUGCAGAUACAAUAAAACUUGGAACAGUCUACAACGACACCCAGCUGACUGAAGUGUCUGAGCAGAUCAUGGUGACACGGGGAGAAUGGCAACUCGUCAGCUUGGAGAUUUUAGAGUAUAGUGUCGCCAGAGAAAGUGGAAGUCGAAGCAAACUUGUGUACACUGUCAAAAUCGCCAGGAAGCCGAUGCUUUACGUGAUAAUCUUCAUCGUGCCCUUGUUCUAUUUCCUGUUGCUGGAUCUGGCCUCCUUCUUCAUCAACGAGGCCCGAGGGGAAAAGCUAAGCUUCAAAGUGACGAUUCUCCUCUCCAUCUCCGUCCUGCUGCUGAUCCUUAAGGACAUGCUGCCCUCCACUGAAGACAGUCUGCCGAUGAUUGCCAUGUACUGCAUUGGGAUCUUCGCCCUGGUGGGGCUCAGCGUCCUGGAGGCCAUGCUGGUCGGCUUCCUGUUCGACCUCGACGGUUGUAGUUGUAAGAACGGUCAGACUGCUGAUGAUGCCCAAGUGGACAUUCAGCUGGAAGUCAACUAUCACAAAGGGACUGAUGGAGCAGAAGAGACUCCAGAGAAGAGCUCCCUCCCUCCAUAUCGACCUGAUGACUGCGACCUUCUGGAACUGAUCCUGAAGGAAGUGAAGACAGCUCGACAGGAAGUCGGAGCUCCACGGGACAAAGACCAGGGACGGCCUGGACGCUACAGAAGACUGGCUGAAAUCAUUGACUCUGUGUUCUUUGUCCUCUACUUUCUCACUGUUCUUUUUUUCAUGACGUACAUGAAUGUUAAGUGGAUUGUACAGAUAUGUUAA